UGUAGUGAACGAUUGAAAACAAAAUGGUUCUAACGAAAGCCUACCUCAGAUAUGUACAAUCUGCCUGUUUUGGCGUUGUUUCCAGCUUGAAAGCGAAAGUUGUGUUUAUUAAGAGAAGAAUUAACACGACAAGGAAGCAGAUCGCUCUAUACGCGGUUUGUCCGGCGUUGGAGAACGUUAUAAUUUGGGAUGUUAGAAGAGGAGAAAAGGUUUCUGUGCUUGCUGGGGACAAACAUGAAGUCACAGCUCUACAAGUUAGUCCUGAUCAACAAGUUUUAGCUGUUGGCUAUGAAGAUGGAUCAGUCAGGCUGUGGAAGUUACAAGAUAAUACUUGUCAAGUAACAUUCAGUGGUCACAAGUCAGCUGUGUCUGUACUGAAGUUUGAUGAUGCAGGAGGAAGACUUGUCUCAGGAUCAAGGGACACAGAUGUCAUAGUUUGGGAUACUGUCAAUGAAGCUGGUCUUUACCGUUUCAAGGGACACAAAGGACUAAUAACAGAAUGUUAUUUCAUGAAAAGUCAGAAUGUUCUGGUAACAAGUUCCAAAGAUAGUUUUGUAAAGUUUUGGGAUCUUGACACACAGCACUGUUUUCUUACACUUGUUGGUCACCGGAGUGAGGUAUGGGGUUUCACAGUUACCCAUGAUGAAACAAGAUUAAUAACUGGGUGUGCAGACAGUGAACUUAGAGUCUGGAAAAUUAACAGCAACAGUGAGAGUGACACAGAGCAACUGAGUGAAAGUAGUAAGAAGAACAGAGGUAAAAGAAAUGCUGAAGAGGCAGGAUUAGAUGAAGAAUCAGAUGAGAAACAAACUGAGGGAACUCAGCUUUCUUGUACACUGAUUGGCUCAAUUUUCCGUCAUAGCCAUGAAAGAGUGGUGUCAAUUAUGUCUGACUCAACACAAACAUUCCUUGGGUGCCUUGGCAAUGAUUCACAGUUGGAAUUGUUUAAAACAUUAAAUGAUGAAGAAAUACAGAAACACCUACAAAAGAAACUUAAGAGACAAAGAAAGAAAGCAAGAAAAGAAAAUGAGGACCAGAAAUCAGAAGCAGACAUUGAAGUCACAAGAACAGUGGAGGAUGAACUUCAAAGAAUACAUUCUCUAAAACUUCGUUCAAAGAUCAAAUCCUUUGACUUGUUUCAUGAUGAAAAUGCCAAUGAUUUAAAGGUAUUUCUGUUUUAUUUAGGAAUGAUGGUGAAUAACUUAGUUUAUUUUUUCCCAAUUAGAACUCUCUGUUUCAAUGCUGAUGGUUCCUGCCUUUUGUCAGGCUCUCAAGAGUCAAUUAAAGUUUGGAACAGAUCAUCUUGUCAACCAAUAAGAACAGUAUCCACAGGGUAUGCACUAUGCUCAUUGUUUGUGCCAGGAGACAAGUAUGCCAUCAUAGGAACCAAGACAGGGAAGCUAGAGAUCUAUGACAUAUCAUCUGGUCAAUUACUGGAGUCUGUAGAUGCUCAUGAUGGUCCAGUGUGGGGCUUAUCUUUAUCUCCUGACAAGCGUGGUUUUGCAUCUGGUAGUGGAGACUCUACAGUAAAGUUUUGGGAAUUUGAUCUUGUAUCAGAUGCUGAGCACUCUCAAGUCAGUAAAAGAUUGAGCAUCACUCAUGUGCAGACCUUGAAAAUGAAGGAGGAGGUGUUAUGUGUCAAAUACAGUCCUAAUCAAAGAUUGCUGGCUGUGAGUCUUCUAGAUUGUACAGUUAAAGUGUUUUUUGCUGAUACUUUAAAGUUCUUUUUAUCUUUGUAUGGACACAAACUCCCAGUUAUGGCUUUGGACAUUUCAUCAGAUAGCAAUUUAAUCAUCACAGGAUCAGCCGAUAAGAAUAUUAAGAUUUGGGGGUUGGAUUAUGGAGAUUGUCACAAGUCCAUAUUUGGACAUGAUGACAGUAUCAUGGGUUUACAGUUCGUCCCCAAGACUCAUUAUUUUUUCUCAGUCAGUAAGGACAAGACUUUGAAAUACUGGGACGCUGAUAAGUUUGAACACAUAACAACUCUUCAGGGCCAUCAUGCGGAAGUCUGGUGCGUGGCUGUGAGUCCAGACGGCGAUUAUGUGGCAACAGGUUCUCACGACAGAUCCCUUCGGCUGUGGGAGAGAACGGAUGAACCAUUGUUUAUAGAAGAGGAACGAGAACAGGAGAGAGAGAAAGAAUACGAAGAAAGUCUUGUGCAGAACACUGAGAGAGUGAUUCCCGGAGAGGUAGACGGAGAAGCCGUCAAGGCUGGAAAAAAGACAUUAGAGACUGUGAAGGCGGCGGAAAGACUAAUGGAGGCUAUUGAUCUCUAUAAUGAAGAAACAGCUAAAAUGAGAGACCAAGGUGGUGGUCGUGAACAGGUGUCUACCAAUCCAAUUCUAAUUGCGCAUGGAAAUAUUACGGUAAGGAGUCUAUUACAUGUGUUUAAAAUCGUAGGCUGGGAGGUCGAGCUUUCCUGUAGAUGCCUCUCAUUUCUUUUGAGGAUUCACCAUAGCCAGAUCGUAGCAAACAAGGUUCUUGUGCCGGUGAUUGAUUCCCUUCGGCAGCAUGCUAAAUCACGAGUUCAUGGUCUGAGGGACACCAUUGGUUUUAACUUGGCUGGUCUGCGUUUCAUUCAAAACGAAAUGGAAGCCAGAGAAGAGACGUUUUUUGCCGACGCGACAGAAAAGGUUAAGAAGAUUCGGAAGAAACAGAAAUCGACCUUCGUACAAGUUGUGAAAUAACUGUAUCAUGUUGUUUAGCAAAUAUUAAAAGAAUACUUUUGAAAUGAA